GGGGGCGUGGUUUAACGUGCAGGAUUUCCUGUACCGUCAUUUGAAAACAGUCUCCAGGCUGCAGCAGCUGAACUUGGCAGCAGAAUGAGGUAAAUGUGAAGAAGACUGCAGGUUAAAGGUGAAUCAACCUUCGCGUACACCAAAAUCUUGUACUAAUGCGCGCGCAGUUUCUCCCUGAAUCGUCCGGCUGUCCUUGUUUUCGACAGGUAAGCACUGCUAAUCUCUUCACCUCAGACCUGUUGACUUGUUGAGCAGACUGCACAGUGAGGUUACCGUGGAGAGAACACAGGAGGAGAACGUGCCGUGCGUGGUUUGAAUCUCAUGUAUAAGUGUUCCAAGUGAGCACGCGAGCUAACCGUCGACUGAUGGAGAAAGUGAGCGAGUAGGCAGCGGUUGGUGAAAGUGAAAACUAGCCUCUGACAUUUACGCAUGCGCAGUCUUCACCGCCUUUAUUUUCCAUGAAGAGAAUAUGUAAACUCAGUAGCCUUUUAAACUUAGUUCACUGUCAAGGCUUUAGUGACUGAAAAUGUAAGUUUAAAUGCAUUUAGUGUAUUAAAGAAGAAACUUUUUUCUUUUUUUGCAUCACUAAUUUUUUUUGUGUCAUUAAUUUCCAUUGUGGGACUUAAAAAAAAAAUUCUGCACUGUCUCUUUUUUUUAUUUGCAGCAGGCUUCAGUUUCUUCUCUUUUUUUGCAUCAGUAACCUCUGUUGUGGUUUCUUUCUUUCUUCUUUUUUUUGGAUUCUUUUUUUAUUUGCAGCAGUGGCGGUUCUCGGCCACCGUAGCAGUCUAAGUCUUUUUCUUUUCCUUUGUUUAACUUUCACGUAUCUCUUCAAGUGAGACCCCAAAUCUCUGAGAUAACCUGUAAAAAUAAAGGUUAAAUAAUAAUAAUUUAUCCAUGCAUUGUAUAUUUUAUUCUAUUAAUUUAUUACCUAUGUAAAGGGGGAAUAAAAUAACAUAAAAAUUACUACGAACUGUCUGUUAUUCCUCCUCUCAGGUGAAGGGGACCUGGUGUGUUCAUGGAAAGUCAAGCCUGGCUGGAGUCGUCUCUGCGCCGCUCUGCUAGUCUGGGCCUUGAGGUGCUGGAGCGAGCCUCCAGACGAAGUGUUGACUGGACGAGCACGGGACCAUCCCAGACUUCAACUGCUACAGAUGAGGACGCACAAGUACCUGUCAAGGUAUUUCUGCAUAUUACCCCCACCAUCAGUUUAUGAAUAUUUACUGUGACUUCUAUGCAACACCUGCUGUCAUGUCCUCUUGUCAUUUUUCAGGGUGCACGCACAGAGAUUGAUGAUGUCUUUGCAACCAUAGCGGGGCUCAUGGUUCAGACGACCUAUCAGUGUAAGGUGAGUGGUCAUUCAGCUGUGUCUCUCAGUUUUCAGCACAAGACCCCCGUGAAUAAAACUUGAAUGUUGUGUUACCUGCAGAGGUUUUAUGGGUCUGGAUGCUGCACUGAGCCCACUGACACAGAGAGGAUCCAUGUGUCCAGGUUUCACACAAGACAGGCUGGUAGAUCAACAACACCUGCACCGUCUACCAGGAAACAUGGCAAGACCCCACACAGCAAGGUAACAGUGAUCUGCUUUUUUAGAGCAAUAUUUGUCUGUUAGAUUUUUAAAAAAUGGUUGAAAACAUUCACAGAUUAACAGACGAAUAUUCUCAUUUAAUAUUUAAGUCUCACCCCCCUCAGGCUCCCGUGUCUGCAGCACAUGAAGACUUCUACAUUAAGCUUUCCCCAGGAACGUACGCCAUCACCGCCAGCACGCCUGAAGCCCAGCAGCAGACUCAGGUGGUCACUGUGAGAGCUGGAGAGAGUGUCGACCUCACCUUUAACCUCUGACCUCUCACCUGGCUCAGAUCAGUCACCUUUAAUUACAAAACUCCCCAAAGAGAACCUGUUUGUGUCAUUUUUGCCUGUUUUCACACUGAAUUUUGCAUAAAGAGUUUACAGUUUAUUCUUCUUUAUCAUGUUUUAUUCACUGAUAACUGAGAAGCCAUAUUUUUACAGUAUUUGACUCAAGUAUUUUAUCAUGUCGAUUUAAACGCACUUAAUUGUACCUGCACUAAUGCUUCAUCAGUGUAUUAAUAAAGUAUUUUUUAAUGA